AUGAGCCUCAAAGCUCGAUCGUUCAGUUUCAGCACGCUGGUCGAUAUUUGGAAAAACCCAGCAAAGUAUUCAUCCAACUCGCAUGAUUGCAAUGGAGGAUUGAGCAAUUCUAGAACUAGUUCUAGCAUGUAUUGA